AAAUGGAGAAUAACGUGGCUGUUGUUCAGCCCACACCACAUUUGAAGAAUAAGGAUUUGAAUGUUCGAAAAAAUGUACAAAAACCAGCACAGUCACCUACGCGAGGAACUAAUGCUGAAAUUGCAACACAUUUGUCACAAAAAAAAGUACGCGAGGUUCCACCUUAUAGAGAGCCUCCAGGCCCAGCUUCACCACCCUUACGCACUUUGCCACCUUACCGAGAUCCACCGCCACCAAAUUUAAAUAGUCCUGGAAGAUCACAAUUUGUGCAUGGCAGUGGAAGUCCUCAUGUGCACAAAGACGAUCAACCAUCGUCUAGUAAUUCCAUGAAAUUGAAAAGGAAUCUGAUCCAGGAAUUUCAAGAUACAAAAGUGCCUACACAAUCUGUUAAUCCACUUUCUGUCACGGCACAAAAUAUGGCAACUGUCGCUUAUACUCAACGAUAUGUUGAACUUAUAAGACUAGUCAAUAAGCAACGGGAUACUAUUAAUGCUCAACAAGCUGAUCUAACAAAAUUUGACGCAGAAAUAUUGUAUUGGGAAACAAAGAGUAGGGAACAAAUGCAUCAAAUGGAUUAUAUUUCCCAAGAAAUGAAUCGCAUUGAGUCUACUGGUCGAAUAAUUGAGGAACAAUUGAAAGAAUUGGCUCAUGUGGAAGAAGAAAGCGAAAUAGUUAGGCAGCAGGAAAAAACACUAAAGUCAGAGAUAACAUUGCUUAGAUCAAAACUUGCCAAUUGUGAAACAGAACUUCUUCAAUGUAAAAAUAAGAUAAGGCUAGUUAUGGAAGAACUUGCAAUGGAACAACACAAUAUAAGCCGCGAAACAGAUGAGCGGCAAAUUAUGGAACGAAAAAUAAUCAGCGAAGUAGAACAUUUACAAAAUGAGGUAGAACAAGCCAAACGCGCAACUGAGUUAGCUUCACAACAUGCAGAAUCUUUAAAAUUAGAAGUAGUUAACUUGGAGUCGGCGAUCGUUGAGAAGAAAUUGCAAGUAGAAAGAUUGGUAGCUGACAUGAAAGAAGCAAAUCUACAAAGUUUAGCUGUUGCAUGUUCAGAUGAGCAAGUCAAAUCUUUAUUAGAAGGUGCCUAUAAACCUGGGAGUACACGUAAGAUGAUAGGAUCACCAAGACAAUUAGAAACUGCAGUGCCCACAAGUAAGAAUCCACAUGGUGUGUGGGUAUAAAGAA